GGACGCCAGGUUUUAGAGUGAGAAAAAGAGACACAAAAUUUAGCGGAAAUCUAGAGAGAGAUAGAGAGAGAGAAAGAGCGGAGGCGAGAAUGGAGGAGGAGGAGAACAAUAACAACGGGGAAGAAGAAGUUCUCGGCUCGACUUUGACGAUGGAGAAAGUCGCUGCUGCGAAGCAGUUCAUCGAAAAUCACUACAAAAAUCAGAUGAAAAGUAUUCAGGAGCGGAAAGAAAGGCGGUGGGUACUAGAAAGGAAGUUGGCAUCUUCAGAUGUGCCCAAAGAGGAACAGAUAAAUCUAAUAAAAGAUCUAGAAAGAAAAGAGACUGAGUUUAUGAGGCUCCGAAGGAACAAGAUAUGUGUGGAUGAUUUUGAGCUUCUUACCAUCAUUGGGCGUGGAGCCUUUGGCGAGGUGCGAUUGUGUCGGGAGAAAAAAUCUGGCAAUAUUUAUGCCAUGAAGAAGUUAAAGAAAUCUGAAAUGGUUUCAAGGGGACAGGUGGAACAUGUGAGAGCAGAAAGGAACCUGUUAGCAGAAGUGGCCUGCCACUGCAUAGUAAAAUUGUACUACUCUUUUCAAGAUACUGAAUAUUUGUAUCUGAUCAUGGAAUAUCUUCCUGGUGGUGAUAUGAUGACUCUUCUGAUGAGAGAGGAUACACUUUCUGAAAAUGUGGCCAAAUUUUAUAUUGCUCAGAGUGUACUAGCCAUUGAGUCGAUCCACAAACAUAAUUAUAUUCACAGGGAUAUAAAACCAGACAACCUUCUUCUUGAUAAGAAUGGACAUAUGAAGCUCUCAGAUUUUGGCCUUUGCAAGCCACUUGAUUGUAGAACUUUAUCAACAGUAGAUGAAAAUGAGGCAAUGGAUGAUGAGAACAUAAGAGAACCUAUGGAUAUUGACAGCCGCUUUCCUGCUGCUCCAAAUGGAAGCAAUUGGAGAAGUCCUCAGGAACAGCUUCAGCAUUGGCAGAUGAAUAGGAGAAAGUUGGCAUUUUCAACUGUUGGUACUCCUGACUAUAUUGCUCCAGAAGUGCUGUUGAAGAAGGGAUAUGGCAUGGAGUGUGAUUGGUGGUCACUGGGCGCAAUCAUGUAUGAAAUGCUUGUUGGUUACCCGCCCUUUUAUUCUGAUGAUCCUAUGACCACUUGCAGGAAGAUUGUUCAUUGGCGAAAUCACCUAAGAUUUCCCGAAGACUCCAAACUAAGUCUUGAGGCUAAAGACCUGAUAUACAAGUUACUAUGUGAUGUAGAACACAGGCUUGGAACUGGUGGAGCUGCCCAGAUAAAGGCCCAUCCUUGGUUUGCGGGUAUUGAGUGGGAUAAACUGUAUGAGAUGGAAGCAGCCUUUAAACCAGAGGUUAAUGGAGAGCUGGAUACUCAAAAUUUUAUGAAGUUUGAUGAAAUGAAUCCCCCAACUCCCGCAAGAUCUGGUUCAGGACCCUCACGAAAGAUCCACCUCACUCCAAAGGAUUUGAGUUUUGUGGGUUAUACUUACAAGAACUUUGAUGCUGUCAAGGCACUGCGCAUGUCAUCAGAUCAUACAAGGAGCACUUCGCCAAGCCGGCCUUCAAUCGACUCAAUAUUUGGUGACACAUUGGGAAUCCAAGGGAGAAAGGGAACAACGGCAGAGGACACAGAUGUGCGAAUGAUGACCUCAAUGGAGGACGUGAUGUCCCCAUAAUAUUACAAAAUUGCAGUUGAGGGUGGUGGCGUACGCCUGUAUAUUUGUAGGCUUGGCGCCCCCCUCCCCUCCCCUCCCUAUUUAGUAGAGAUGGAUGGAGAUGGCUGCUGCCUGUUUCUUGUGCAGAAGCAGAACCAUCAUUUUUAAGUGUACAGACAGUUGGAUUGCGCCAGACCGAGCUCUAUUAUGGUUUUAAACUAGAGAAGUGUGUGUGUGUGUUUGUUCGUGUAUGAGACUCCGAAGAAUUUAGAGCAUGGGGUGCGCGCAAGGCUGUAUGUAUCGCACCUGGCUGCCCAGGUUGGCGAGAUGACACUCGCUUUCUCUUGUGGCAGUUUCGGGUCGAACAUGUAUUGAUGCGCCACGCUCGGCUCGCUCUCUUAAAACUACAUCUCCCCUUCAGGGGAAUGAAUGCAUGAAUGAGAGCAUUAGAAUUUCUUCUAUUAUUUA